AUGCACGCAAGAGGUGAACUUCAAGCACCCUCGUCAUACCAAGCUGGCAUUAUUCAGGACCAACACUCAACAGAGGGCCAGCACCUCGAGCAGCAGCGCGAGUAUGCUGCCAUCGAGGAUGCUGGCCUCUCCAAACCUUUCAAACAUGCUGCAAUUGCACUUCGGUACAACAUGGACGUCCGCGAGAAGUGGUUCGCAUUCAAGAUGUCCCAACGUGGCCGCCAGCUCGAGAACGGUCUAGAGAAGCAUGUUGGGGGGUGGUGCGACUUGGGGGACAUUGAACCCGAGCUUACCAGCUCCGUAUCCAACACCAUUGAUUAUGUCUCGCUCAAGCAUCUGGAAGAUGCUUGGAACGUGCAGCCCUACAACACCUUCACCUUUAGGCUAACUCUAUGUGGCUGA